GCACUUUUGAAAAAAAUAUUGUAAACUAUUGCAAAACUUUUAUAUCUAUAACUUGUUUUUGAUAUAUUUUUUUAUUUUAUUUUUAUUCCGCCAUUUGUUCUAAUUCGAUAACUGCAUAGUCAAUGCACUUGUUAAAUACUAGGGACAUUUUAUAUAUGUCAUCGAUAUCAUUCCAUUAGUCAUUUAUGUAUUCAUCUAUUGUUUAGGUUCGUUUUGGUGCUUCUUAUGGCUUUGGCAGAAAUUGCGAUGUGCGAUGGGGACGUCCUAGGAAAAUGCAAUUUAACUCGCCAUGCCAAUGAUAAAGUAUUAGAGUAUUAUGCUGACUGCAGUCAUUUAAACCUAACAGAUAUUCCCAGCAAUCUACCAACAAGUACAACCUGUUUGAAUAUGAUUGGAAACAAAGUAUCAGAAAUUAAUGGAAAAGCCUUGCAAAGGUACAAAUCGCUUAAGUGUUUGUCAUUAAGCAGAAACAGGAUAGACAGCAUACGCAGCAGGGAUUUUGCUGGUCUUUCCAAGUUGAAGAUGCUUGAUUUAAGUUUAAAUAAAAUAAGAUAUACAAAUAUAAGUGAGGAUGCAUUUAUUCCAUUGAAAACAUUAACAUUCUUAGAUAUAAAGCAGAGCCUGUCUAAUACCUGGAGGAACGAGAAGUAUCCUGACGCACUUAAUCAACUCCGCCAUCUUCAUACCUUGGUGAUCGAUGGACUUGGUACACAGACAUUGCCUUACAUGCCGAAUCUUAUUGAGUUGUAUAUGUCUGGAGAGUACGGUAGAUGUAACAUUCCAAAUAUCAAUGAAAAUUUCUUUGAAAAUAUUUUAGGAGUUCAAAAUGUAUUCAUGUCAAAAUGUUCGAUCAAGAAAAUAGAGUAUAACACUUUUAAGCCUCUUCGAAACAUAACAUCUCUAGACCUGUCAUGGAAUAUCAACCUUGGCAUUGAAUCUAUGCCAAAUAUUACCAGUGGAUUAAACGGAAGCAAAACAUUGAAAUGUUUGAACUUAAACACGUUGUAUGAUCACUCACAAUUCGGUUUUCGCUCAUCAGUAAGCAAAGACGAUGUUAUAUUUUUAUCAAACACAUCCAUUGAACUCUUAACAGUUGAAAAUAACAACAUUGUGCGCAUGGAUAUAGCCUCAGUAAUACAGUGGCCUAAGUCUAUUAAGUACCUCUCAGUUCAGCUUAAUAUGUUUUUGUAUGGUAACUAUACACCGUUUCUGAUAUUGAGUGGUACUGUGAACAAUAUAGUUUAUUUAGAUGUUAGUCGAAUGGCAGCUUCUAACCGACCUAUUUCCAUUCCCAGAUAUGAUGUUUCUAUGGAGAAGAAAUUUGAACAACGAUUGCAACCAAAUACAAACGAAACUUAUCAACCAGAAAUAACAGUUAGCAAUUUUCACUCUUUGUGUAUGUCUAUGUUCACUCGUAACCAAGUUAAGGACUAUUUUCAAGUAAUCGAAGACAAAUUAAAACAGCAUGAUAUCGGAACAGAAAACAAAUUAAUUGAUAAUGUACAAGCCCAUUCACCGAACAACAAACGGAUGGAUAAUACGAAAUACGGUAAUAAAGUUUUUGUCUCGUACGCUGAAGACGACCGGGAAUUUGUCCUCGAGAAAGCUAAAUUUGAAUUAGAAAAUAGGGGUCAAAUUUCCACAUUAACUGAGGAAGAUCCCCACUUCCACAAAGGUACCAGACUUAACCAAGUACAACAAGCGAUAGAAACUACGCGCAGAACACUGGUUAUUCUAACGAGAGCAUAUGUGAAAGAUCAUGCAUGUGUGCAUGAACUGAAUAUGGUCCUAGAGGAAGAAGCGUCAACUGGUAGAAACAUUAAUUGUGUAAUCCUGAAAGAGAAUGUUCAAUGUGAAGAUCUUCCUAACGAAAUAAUGAGACUUUUACGCAAGGAGAACCAUCUAGAAUAUCCAACCGAAGAAGGCGACUUACAGGAGUUUUGGGAGAGGUUACGGGAAACUCUUAGAGAAUAG